UCCUUCUUGCUGCUGAGACAAGGGGGGAUGCUGUUCUCAACUCUGCGCUGACUCGGGUUGCAUCCCUCACUUGUGUGUCGCCCAAAGUGUGCUGCUGAGCUUGAAACGAGGACCAAAGCCUCUCUGACGCUGACGGAUAAGCAAAGCUACCACAAGCUACGAGACGACGGCGUUUCGGCCCAACAUGAGGGCGGUCCUUCUGUUCUGUAUGCUGACGCUGGGCAGCAGCCACUACUACCAGCACGUUGACGUCAUGGACAUCAUGAGAAGCCACGACGUCAUGAUGGCUGAUUCCGGGGACGACGACAACUACGGCGAUCAUUACGACAGCUGCCCAAUGAGCUGCCACUGCUCGCCCAGAGUGGUGCAGUGCUCUGAUCAAGGUUUGAUCAGCGUGCCGGCCAAGAUUCCAAGUGACAUCUUGAUGAUCGACCUCCAAAACAACGAUAUCACCCAGAUCAAGGAAAACGACUUCAAAGGCCUGGACAAGCUUUAUGGCCUGUUCCUGAUCAACAACCGCAUCUCCAAGAUCCACCCGCAGGCCUUCAAGAACAUGAACCGCCUGCGCCUGCUCUACCUCUCCUACAAUUUCCUGACCGAGAUCCCGGCCAACCUGCCGCCCAACGUCAUCGAGCUGCGCUUCCACGAAAACAAAAUCAACAAGAUCCAGAGGGAUGCCUUCAAAGGCCUCAAGAAGCUGCACGUGCUCGAACUGGGCGCCAACCCGCUGGCCAACACCGGCAUCGAGCUGGGGGCCUUCAACGGGCUGGCCACGCUCUACGUGGGGAUGUCCGAGAGCAGGCUCACGGCCGUGCCCAAAGACCUGCCCUCCUCCAUCACAGAGCUCAACCUGGAGUACAACAAGAUCUUUAAGGUGGAGGUGGAAGACUUCAUCAGAUAUAAAAAUCUGCAGAGGCUGAGCCUGUCCUUCAACCAGAUCCGCUUUGUGGAGAACGGCACUCUGGCCCACAUCCCUAACAUCCGCGGGAUCCACCUGGACAACAACAGCCUGAAAAAGGUCCCGCCGGGACUCAGCUCGCUGCGCUACCUCCAGGUGAUUUACCUCCACGCAAACAAAAUUAGCAGCGUGGGCCUGAACGACUUCUGCCCCAUCCGAUUUGGCGAGAAAAAGAACUUGUACAACGGCAUCAGUCUGUUUGCCAACCCCGUCAAGUACUGGGACAUCCACCCUGCCACCUUCCGAUGCGUGGGUGGACGACGGGGCGUUCAGCUCGGAAACUUCCGCAAGUGACCGACAGCCGGCCGUCAAAGAGGGGAGAGCCGCAAAUGAUGCCAGCGUCAUCAAAAGUCUCAUAAUCACAGAUGAAACGGAUUUGAACAUUUCACAUCGUCACUAGAAGUGCACACACACACGCACGCACACACACAAACACACACAUAUGGUUUUAUGUCAUAUUGGUAUGAAUGGAAGCCACGAGGCCCCUGUACAGGACGGCUUGGGGGAAGGGGGUUAGCAACAUUAGCGCCUCCCAUGGACCACAACAUGUUAAAGCAUCUACUGCUUUACAGGAGCAAGAACAUUGCAUCGUUCUAAAUAACCGUUACGUUGACUCAGCAGCCUUCCCCGGAACAACAAACAGAAUUUUCUGUCUAGAUCUUUUUUUUUUCUUUUCUGUUUUUCUUUGAUGUCAUUGUGUCGUCGAAACCAUCCGUUUUGAUUAAGCGUUCUCACGGCAGGAUAUCGGCCAGAUUCAGUGCAAUAAGAAUCAUUUUGUCUGAAAAGGUUUUAUACGGAUGUGGAGUCAUUUAGCAGAUGUUGCGAAAACAUAAUGAGAAAAUGGUCACAAAUAUCUCCAGGUUGAGCUCAAAUGAGAUUUGCAUGAAAUGGAACAUGUAUUGUCAUAUGUCCGCUCCUCUAAUGGUGCUAUAUUUAUUGAGUAUGUCUUCAAAUAAACCUAGAAUUCCUCCCCAA